GGCAAGCUGAAAGACAUCAAGACUGGGUGUCACUUCAAUUUUGGCCCCUGCUCAAAUAUCUCUUUAGUCACAAAUUUGAUGAACAACGCAGUUAGUGCUUUCUAUUAGCCAGGGGUAUAAAGUGUUAUAUAGACUGCAGGUAAUUUAAAUAUCUGUCUUGCGCGUUUGAGCGUAAUGACGCAGUGAGAGCAUUCACAAGGAAAAGUUGGAUGCGUCGGACGUGCCUUCCAUGUUGCCACAGUCGGACGUUUUUAUAUGGCGGCGGUGUCGAGCCAAAAUUUCCAUAGCGACAAAAUGAGCAAGACUUUAACGGAGAAUGGUUUCCCUCCCCUCUCCUCUUUCCGUCUCAUCGUCCCCCCUCUGCAGCUUGUGUCUGCAGCUCUUUUGGAGAUAGUGAAGCAGGGAGCUGUGAUGUACUACGGUGUGCUGGAGGAGUUCAUUACCACAGUCCUGGAAACAGCUCAUGAGCUUCUCACCGACACAGAGAGACUCCAACUAGUGAUUGGCCUACGUGCAAAGGUAUUGCUAGAGCUCUGUCGCAAUGAUUCAUAUGCAGACCAGCAGACCUUUCAGCAUAAUUUGAGUGAAAUGAACACCUUCAUUGCAAACCAGGAUAACGAGACCUCCAAUUCUGAGGUCAAAGCUUCAGUUGCAAACUUUGUGAAGCUUGUUCACACUCUAGUUGAAAAUCGGUGCCAGAAGGAGGCCUUUUAUCAGAAUAUCUUUCCAACAGUGUUUGGCCCUAAAUAUGACUCAGCACUACAAGCUCUGAUGAAGAAAUUCCUCUUUAACCUACAGAAGCUGCUUCCUGUCCCUAGCCUUGAACAAACUUCCUUGUGGCUCAGCCUCUCCCCUGCUAUCUUAAAAGAGUGUGUGGACUUCAUAAAUCAGCCUCAGCCACUGAAAACACUUAUUCAACAUCACAAACACCAUGGGCACAAAGUUCCACAAGCCUUUUCUUCCUCUGGCGAUCAUUGCAUCCUCUCCAGUCUGUCCUUUCACCUACCAAAAGUGGACAAUGACAAAGGCUACACCCAAGUCAAAUCUGAACCCACAUGUGACUCACAAGAUUGGCAGAUGGAUAACGUUCUUUACAGAGAGAUCAAAAAAGAUAAUGAAGAAGACUUCAAGGUGGACUAUGCAGAUUUUGUGAGUAAUGUUGAAGAACCUGGACAGCAGUGUGUCAAUGCUGUCACUGAAGACCAGGGAGCCUCUGUGGAAGUAAUACUUCCAUCUUUUGAUGAAACUGAAUCUAGUGAUGAUGACCUGGACAAAAAAUGGUUUCACCAUUUGAAAACUGGUCGUAGGACAUCUACAAAGACCUUCAAGUGUCAUGUUUGUGGCAAAGAUUUUAGUUCUUGCAGCAGACUGAAGAAGCACAAGAUUACACACAGAGCCACCAAGAGAAUGAGUCAGGAAGAUUCUGCAAGUCAGAGUCGUGCUUUUGAGAAGAUGAAUUUAUAUUCUAAACGAAGGACUUGUAGUGAGGAUAAAGCUUCCAGAGGUGAGACUGAGUUAUCAUCAUUUGCAAGUGCGACAACACCAAGCCCAUCAUGUCACAACAGCCGUCCAAACUGUGAGCUGUCUAGCGAUGACUGCAGCCUUGUUUGUCAGGUUUGUGACAAAGUUUUCACUUGCAGUGAAAACUUUGACAAACACCAGCAGAUUUGUGCAGACAGAAGAAAACGUCCAAAGACAGACCCACAGUGUUCCUCAAGCUCAGCUCAUCUCUUUGAACUGAAUGCUGUUGAUAAAACCAAAAAGCUUUUUCCUAGUGAAAUGUCACAUGAAUUACCUGAGGAAAUAUCUUCCCACUUACCCCAAGAUCAAAAAUGUAAAAGACACAGUCGCAUCAAACAAUGCUCCAAAUGUAGGGAAAUAUUUACUUGUUCUACUGACUUGAUUAGGCACAUGAAAAGUCACACUGAACAGAGUCCCUUUCAUUGUUCUUCCUGUGAUGAAGAAUUUGACAGCUAUGAAGACCACGAGACCCACAAGGAAGGUAAACGCCAAGCAUCAAACCAGCUUUUAGAGGAAUAUUCCUCCAGCAAUGAAAAUAAAAGGAAUCGCAAGAACACAAUAGUUUCCAGUAAAAUAAGUCUGACCUUGACAACUUCAGAUGCUCCAGAAGACUUAAAGACUCGUAAACCACCUCUGACUUGUCAGGAAUGUGGCCUGCGUUUUACUUACAGCAUGAGUUUCGAGAAGCACCAGAAAAAAUGUUCAGAAGCAGCUUCUCAAAGGAAAACAAGCACAAACUAUUUAAUUAUCUGUGGGUGUGAUUUAUUCUCAGCUGAUAACUCUAAUGAGAGCAACGAUGAGAAGAGUUCUGAGACAGUGGAAACCAAAACGGCAACAACACCAUCUACCGCAGAUGAUGCAGGAGGCUCCCAGCAUAAAACACGAACCUUUAAAUGCGGCAUGUGUGAUGCAGACUUUUCAAAAAUUGAGCUCCUGAAAAAGCAUUACUCAGAGUCACAUGAUUUCAGAGGCCCAUACCCCUGUACUAUGUGCAAGAGAAGUUUUUUAAGGUUGUGUGAAUUAAUUCGUCAUCAGCAAAACAAACCAUUAUUCCUAUGCCCUACCUGCAAGAAAGGUUUCAGAGAGCCAGGAGAAAUAAAAAGGCAUGAAAAAAUUCAUACUGCAAGAGCAAAUGUAACACCAUUCGUUUGUGAAACCUGCGGAAGAAGCUUCAAAUUCCGCGUUAACUUGAUUAUGCACCAGAGAAAGCAUAGAGAACGUCCACCCAAUGUUUGUUCAUACUGUGGGAAACAGUUCAGUUCAAAGGACAGCUUGAAAGCACACAUGGUGAGACACACAGAUGGGUACCCAUGCCCAGUGUGUGGAAAGAAAUUCUAUCAGAAAACAUACCUUACAUAUCAUCUGAAUAGACACACAGGGCAGGAGAACUACCUCUGUGAGACCUGUGGGAAAGGCUGGCCGACUGCAGCUCAGCUCAAGGUUCACAUGGUUAAACAUACAGAAGGACGACCUUUUAAGUGUGACGACUGUGGGGCAACUUACAAGUGGGAAUCUGGUUUGAUUGCUCACCACAGAGCCAAACAUGUCGGGUUGCGGCCGUUUGUGUGUGAGUUUUGCAGCAAGGCCUUUAGAAUUAACAGUGAGUUAAAAAAACACAUGAUGGUCCACACAGGGGAACGGCCAUUCUCGUGUCCAAUGUGCGGCAAAAAAUUUACAAAAAGCUUUAACCUCAAGAAGCACAGAGAAAAGCCAUGUCUGUAGGGGUGUGUUGUAUGUGAGCAUGUACUGUGUUAAAGCUGAUUAUGAUUCAUAUGCUAUAAUACAGUAUAUUGUGCCUUAAGGUACAAAAUAUAUGUUGUAUGUGUUCUCUAGACCAUGUGUGUCAUUAAAUGAAUGACAGACAUAAUAAAUAAGCUACUGUUUUUUAAAUAAAGAGAAAAGGAAAUCUGA